AUGCCCCCCAAAAGCACAAAACCCACGAAUGAUGAGCUCUUGGCUCAAUUCGACGACCUCGGCAUCGACACAAGCAAGUCCGCCGACCAGGCACAGAGUGCUCCUGCAACGAAGAAGCCGCCCUCCACAGAUGGCCCCCCGGAUGCUGAAAAGGAUCCGCUGGCUGAACUAGAGACCCUCGCAUCUCAGCGGCCCAGCACCCCGCGCCUGUCAGCCGAAGCUCGUCGUUCAAAGCCUUCCUCCGGGCGGACAAGCGAAGACAAGUCAGCGCAGCGCAAGUCGGAGGAUGUCGCGCCUCCCCGCUCCACCGUCGAGGAUGAACAGCCGCCAGAGAAAGCCACAGCAUCAACUGCCAGUACAAACGAAGAGCCCAAGAGCUCAGGUGGGGGAUGGUGGGGAGGUCUUUUGUCUACGGCGUCGGCUGCCAUGAAGCAGGCAGAAGCUGCGGUGAAGGAGAUCCAGAACAAUGAAGAGGCACAGAAAUGGGCAGAGCAGGUCAGAGGAAACGUGGGCGCUCUUCGGGACCUUGGAGGGGAGCUGAGGACUCUAGCUCUGCCGACUUUCACAACCAUCAUUCACACAUUAGCGCCUCCGAUUUCCUCGCAUGAGCGGCUACAAAUACAUAUAACGCACGACCUCUCGGGAUACCCGAGCCUGGAACCUCUGAUACAUUCGGUGUUUUCCCGAGUCAUGUCGCAGGUGGAAGGCGGGGACCUACUCGUCAUUCAGAGGGGUCAAGAGUCCUCUCGUCGCCGAGGGCCAGAAUUCGGCUUCGCAAGCUCGACUGCAGGAUGGCGCGAUGGGCCAUGGUGGCGAACUGUGACGCCGGGCAACCCUCGCAGCAUUGCCGCUGUACCGGGGAUGGUCGAAGGCACCAAACUCGCUCGAGCAAGUGCAGAAGCCUAUGCGACAGAGUUCUACUCAUCUCGCGGCGGCAUUGAAGAAGCCGCCAAGCAGGCCACUGCCGUUUUGAGCGAGUCGAACCCGGUGCGCAGCAGCGAUAUUUUCCUCGCUAUCCAGGCAGUCAGCCAGGUUACCCCCAAGGACCUGUUUCAAGCCGGCCCAACCGCAGAAAAGGCUACGAGUACAGGCGGCGUGGUCGAAGUAGCAGAGGAGGACGAGGAGGAGAUCCUGUUUGCUAUUUAUCUGCACGACCCCGUUCACGGAAUCGCGUUUAAUGCAAUCUCUCAAACUAUUCCUCGCAAGUGGAUCGAUUGGCUUGAUGCGCCAGCUCCGCCGGUGGAUGCUGACGACGACGAAGAAGAAGAAAAUAGCGCCCAUGUGCCGCGUGUUAUUGUUCCUGAGGCCAUAGCAGAUAUCAUCGAGAGCGGUGGAGUCGAUCCACGCGAGUGGGCUGCCGAGUGGCUCGAAGAGUCUCUUAGUCUGUCGACCGGCGUUGUUGCACAGAGGUAUGUCGCUCGUCGUAUGGGGGUUGGCGAAGGGGGUGUGGCCAAGGGGAAAUUGAAGGCCGAACAAGCCACGACAGUGGAUGGCGGAGCUGGUGAGGCUGCAAGGGGACUUUAUCAGUAG